AUGGCCUCCAAAAAGGCUCCUCAAGUCGUUGAAACAACAGUUUUUUGUUUAGACAACAGCGAUUUCACGUUAAACGAAGAUUUUCUUCCCAACAGACUUCAGGCGCAAUGCGAAGGUAUCAAUUUGAUAAUGAAAUCAAAAACCGUAUCUAACCCCUCGAAUUACUUUGGGUUGGUAGCGAUGGCAAACGCGAGCAUAUUGGUACCACUCACACAGAAUUUCAACGAUAUUUUGGAUAAGUUUUUGGAUUUGAGUUUUUGCGAUGAUAUUGACCUGGUGGCGAGUCUACAUAUGGCGUACACAAUGUUGACGAAUAAAGAUGGCAUCAGGAAAAUUUUAGCCUUCAUUGCAAGUCCUUGCGAUAUAAAUGAGGUAAAACUUAACGAGCUAAAGAAAAUACUGAAGGUAUCAGAUGUUGGUGUGGAUAUUAUUCUUUUGGAUCAAAACUCUAAAACGCUAAAGAUAAUGUUCGAUUUUACGACUUUUUUAAAUGCUGAUGAUGAUGUUAAGCGAAGUAAAGUGGUCUUCGUUUAUCCGGACACAAAUAUAAAUACUGCUUUAAAAUCAUCGGAUAUUUUACCUGUUACUUACAUUACAAAUGAUGUUGAUGAGGAUGAAGCCUACUUUAUUAUGGCCUUGAAUCUUUCGUUGCAGGAAAAACACGAUCUUGAUGCUUACACACCAGAAGAACAAAAUGAAAAUGUCUCGAAUGAUACUCAUGAAGAUGAUGACAAUUCACUUCCUCAAAAAGAAACAAAAUAA